AUGCCUUCUACAAUCAGCUACGACUACGACGUCACCGUCGGCGUCAAGACCAUCAUUGUGGAGAAGCGACCUGGCAUCUCCCCACACCCUAGGGCCAUUGGCUUCACCGCCCGUACGCUGGAAAUCUUCCGAUCCAUUGGCGGAAUCGACAUUGAGCCUGCCCCAGUUGGAUUCAAGCUCCGGAGACAACGCAUCGAGAGCCUGGCUGGGACGUGGUACGAGGAAUCGAGCUGGGGCGGACCACCAGGCAAGGCGCCGGGGGGCGGACAGGCCAAGGAGACGCCCGUCGAGUACUCGCCCGUGCGAGGCGCAGCGAUCCCACAGGAUAAGCUCGAAGCGAUUCUCUUGGAGCGUGCACGGCAGUUGGGCGUCGUGGUGCACCACUCGACAUCAUUGGACGAUUUUGAGCAGGACAGCGAGGGUGUCACAUGCAUCCUUUCGUCCGCUACUGCCCCAAGCAUGUCGUCGCCUUCGCCGUCGCCAAUGAAGCUCAGGAGCCGCUACCUUGUGGCAGCAGAUGGUGGCAAGAGCGAUGUUCGCCAAGCACUGGGAAUUGAUCGAAGGGGCCGGGGCCACAUCCGAACGGUGCGCAGCGUCCUCUUCUAUGCGCCUCAGCUUGACGAGUACCUGUCCAAGGGCGUACACCAAUUCAGCAUCUCGCAGCCUGGCUUUGAGGCAUUUCUGACGACGUACAGCGAUUCGCGUUGGGUUCUAAUGUUCAGCGAUGAUCAAGAACGGAACGACGAGAUGCUGCGCCAGUCUAUCGCACGAGCCACCGGCAGACCCGAGCUGCAGCCUGAAAUUAUCACAACGGGACGGUGGGAGCUUUGCGCCCUCGUCGCCGACCGCUUCUCUGAGGGACGAGUGUUCCUUGCGGGUGAUGCAGCCCACCAGCUUCCGCCUAAUCGAGGCGGCUAUGGCGCCAACACAGGCAUCGACGAUGCCCACAACCUCGCCUGGAAACUCGCACAAGUCCUUAAGGCAAAGGCCUCUCCCAAGCUCCUCGAUUCCUACGAUGCCGAACGAAGGCCCAUCGCCUGGCUCCGACUCAAGCAGAUUUUCGCGCGCGAGGACUAUGCAAAGGACGCUCAAGGAAUUGCCGACGGCGUCGAGCUCAUCGACGAUAACGCCAUGGAGUUUGGCCAGCUCUACCGGUCCGAGGCAGUCAUAAGUGACUAUGUGGAUGCCCCACCAGCGAGGCGGCCAGACCAGUGGAAUGGGCAACCAGGAACUCGCGCGCCUCAUCAAUGGGUGCUUUCCUCUCACGACCAGACCCGCACUUCGACGCUGGACCUCUUCAACAAAGGAAGCUUCUGCCUGCUGGCGACGCACGACUCGUGGCGAGGACGAACACCAACAGACGUCGACUGCCUCGUGAUUGGUCAGGAUGUCUUGCCCGACAAGGGUUGCAGCGCAGAGGAUCUUGCCUCGAAAUUCGGACUUCAGAAGGGCGCCGCCUGCCUCGUCCGACCCGACGGAUACAUUGCUUGGCGCAGCAUGGCCGACGGCAGCGAGGAGGAGCUUCAACAAGCUCUAAUCGCGAUCCAAGGAUUUUAA